GAGUUUCCCCAAAUCAGGAUCGAUAAUUUCCGUCAACACGCUGAUAGGAAAGCACCUUUGGCUUGCUUUCUGAGUCAUGUUCAUUCCGAUCAUCUGACUGGCUUGGAGUCUUUAAGAGCACCUUUUGUUUAUUGUUCUGCAGCGACAAGAGAGAUUCUCUUGCGUUUGGAGAAAUACCACUACAGAGUCAACUUCGCCAAGGGCAUCUUAGAAAGUCGCAAUGUCACCUAUGACAGGAAUAUGCGCAAAUUGGCGAAGCCACUUCAACUGGAAACUCCUACCGUCAUCGAGCUUGGACCAGAGAACAAAAUACGUGUAACACUCUUCGAUGCCAAUCAUUGCGUUGGCGCGGUGAUGUUUCUCAUUGAAGGUAACGGCACCGCAAUCCUAUACACAGGAGACAUUCGCGCAGAAACCUGGUGGGUGAAUUCUCUUGUACGCAACCCAGUCCUCAUACCCUACACCAUCGGGACACGUCGUUUGGAUUGUGUGUAUCUGGACACCACAUUUGCAAGCAAGUCCAGGCCUUACAAUGAAUUCCCUAGUAAAGCAGAGGGCAUCCGUGAACUUCUCGCCCAAGUCGAGGGCUAUCCUCCUGGCACCACAUUCUACUUCCACUCUUGGACGUUCGGAUACGAGGAUGUUUGGUUAGCGCUGUCCGCAUUUUUAGAAUCCCAGAUCCACCUUGACGAUUAUCGCUAUCGUCUAUAUACCUCUCUUUCUACUGCUAAGAACAAAGAGCUGCGAGAUUCACGCUUAGGAUUCGACAUCCGCGAAGCCGCGGCCUUAUGCGGAUUCCGGAAUGGGAAUCACAUUCAGCAAGGCUGUUUAACGUCCAACACAAAUGUUCGUUUGCAUAGUUGUGAGCGGGGUAUGGGGUGUCCGAUCAUGGACAAAGACACAGAUAGUAACAUUGUCCAUAUCAUCCCGAUCAUCAGUCGUACGAAUGGCGUUGAGAUAGCCGAAGUGGGUGCUGGUGGCGGGAAGGGAGAUCUUGACCAGCGAGAAGAAUUGGACACGAGCAGUGUAGGCGACAUUGAUGAAUUAAAGGAACUCUGCAAGAGGGAGAUAGACGAUGAAGAGUUGCUGUCGAGAGUUCUCGCCCUGUUGCAAGACUCAUUAGAUGCUAGAAAGGGGAAGCUCGAUCUUCCAGGUGAACUCCCAAGAGAGAGUCAGGACAGCGAUGCCGAUCUUUCGUUGCACUCAUUAGUUUCGAGAUUGGAAGCGCAUGUUGAGAAGACUAAAGAAGCACAGGAUCAAACGAGACGUACAAUUCGGUUUCCAUACUCACGGCACUCUUCGUACUCGGAACUCUGCUGUUUAGUCAAGGCUCUGAAUCCAAAGGACAUUUUUCCUUGUACCGUUGAUGAGAAAACUUGGACUCCCAAUCUUGGAAUGAGAGCUCUGUUUGGCGAGUAUUGUUCAGCUGACAUCUUCCGCCAUGAUGCAGAGAUGACCGGAAGCUAUGAGCAGCGUACCGCACAAGCCCAGAAAUGCGCAAAUAGUCAGGAUGAAACACAGCGCGAGUCUCAGGCAAGUAGUGAGCCUCAGACAUCGCCAAUAUCGCACAGAACUAUGCAAAUGCCACCACCAAACGAACGACAUAACACAAAUUCAAUUCAAGACGGAUCUCAAAGAGCGCGGGGACCUCAGGAUGCUUUUACUUCAUCCAUGCAUUCAAAACCCGUAACAGAUGAUGCUGGACGUCCAAUGAUUGUUCCAAGUUUCAAUUCGAUUGAGAUUACUGCAUUGAGAGCCGAAUCUCCUCAACCUACAAUCGCUGCUGAAUCAGACGACCCACCCCCAACAUUACCAAAACCUAACACCCGUCCACCGUCUGAUCUAAGCAACCCAACCUCAACCCCGGAUUCGAAGUCUAAGCCUUUGCCGACGUCGAAAAAAAGAAAAAUUUCCAACAAGGAAUUGGCGUACAAAGCCGCACUUGGAAUUGAGCUGACCUGGCAAGAUUACGGAGGGUUGGUCUGUACGAAGAAAAGGGAUGUUAAUGAUGGAGAGUUGGAGUUGUGA